GUUUUUAUUUUUGUUUUUUGUCUUGUCCAUAUGACGCGUCCAAUAGCACACCUUUUCACGUCCAGAAAAAUUUAUGUUUCCAAUCGAUGGUUGGAAACAUUUCGUGGUACUAGAAUAAAAUGAAAAAUAGGUAGUGGAUGUACUUAAAGCAGCUAGAGUAACUAAAAAAAUUUCUAAUUCUGACCUAAAAAUUAUUUUUUGAACAUUAAAUAAAAUAGGAUUAGUCUAGAAGCCGGACCGAAACGGGAUUCGGUCAGAAAUCUCGGAUACCGAAUCUGAGAUUUUUUAGAGAUAUCGAUCUCGAUUCUCGUACGACCUUCGCAGUCCGGUCUAAGAUUAGUCAAUCUUUAAUUUUAAUAAAAUUCUUUUUAUACAGAAAUCUGGACCAGUAAUUCUCUUUCCAGAGGGAUACUGCACAAACAAUUCACAAGUACUUCAAUUUAGAAAAGCUGUUUUUCAGAAAGAUAUUAUUGUUUAUCCAGUUACAAGAAUCUCGUUAUUGUGAUUCUUAUUGGAAGGAAAAUUAUUUGUUCAUGUUUUUAUUGGGAGUUGUAACCUCAUGGGCAAUUGUCUAUAAUGUUCAUUAUUUACCUCCUCAAAAAUGCCGCCCACAAGAAUCGCCUAUAGAAUUCGCUGCUCGGAUUCAGAGAAUUAUUGCUUCGCUAGUUGGUGUUAGAGCAGCGCCUAGUGAUGGGGAAUUUGGUAAUUUAUAG